UUGAAGUUUGAUCACUUUAUAAUCGGUUAAUAACAUUAAUAACUAAAAAAUAAACAGCUGAUUAUGUUUAUGCGCAAUAUCGCUCCCACCUACAAUAUCUUAAUCAAAUCCUACGGUUCCAGUAACUCCAUGCGUAUGAGUAAAUUGGCUACUCCUGUUCCGGUAAAUGAAGCUAAACCUCCGAAACCUCCUCAUGCUGACUGUCCUCGGACCAUCCACGAUGUACACUUCUACUACAUCAACGACAAAGUACCGUCAACAACGGCAAGAGCGUUCUUCGAUCGCAUGGCCAACGUUUGGUUCUGGACUGAAAUAUUUAGAGGCUUCGGCGUGACUAUGGCGCACAUAUUCAAGGAGCCAGCGACUAUAAACUACCCGUUCGAGAAGGGGCCCCUAUCGCCACGCUUUAAGGGCGAGCACGCGCUGCGGCGCUACCCCUCCGGUGAAGAGCGUUGCAUCGCCUGCAAGCUGUGCGAGGCCAUCUGCCCCGCGCAGGCCAUCACCAUCGAGGCUGAGGAACGAGAAGACGGCUCCCGGAGAGCAGUGCGCUACGACAUCGACAUGACCAAGUGCAUCUUCUGCGGCAACUGCCAGGACGCGUGCCCCGUCGACGCCAUCGUCGAAGGACCCAACUUCGAAUACGCAGUCGAAACUCACGAGGAACUCCUCUACAAUAAAGAGAAGCUACUCUCGAAUGGCGAUCGCUGGGAGCCGGAGAUCGCUAGCAAUAUUCGCGACAACCAUCUCUACCGGUGAGCAAAUGUUGGCUCAGUCAAUAGAGAGCAACAGGGCGUAGCGCGCGCUGUUUGCUCAGUUUAAUAUUGUCUUAUUCGGAAUAAUAUUGUUAUUAGUAUAUCAUGUCUUUUGGA